GGAUGGGUUGUUGCGUGAGCUGUGUGAUGACGCGGUAGUCAGGUGUUGCCUGAUAUAACGGAGGGGAGCUGUCCAAGUCCUGAAAACACAACCGGUCCGCUCCCAGAGAGAUGCCAAACAUCCUCACUGCUGUUUGAGCCUCACAGCCAAACAGGUCAUAAAUAAGCCUACAAUGCUGCAUUUCCACCACAAGUUGCCCGCAGGGGGAGUCGUGGUCCUGCUCGUCCUUCUCCUCCGUGAGUGCGCCGUGCACGCUGUCUCUCUCCCGCGUCACUACAGGCUCCGAGGCGGCGACCGAGAGGAGCAGCCGGCGGCCUACGCACCCAGCGCCGACAUGAUGAAAGCCCUGGAGUACAUCGAAAACCUGAAGCAGCGGAACGGGGGCAGAGAGGAGCCCGUGGAUUUCGACGAAGUGGACAAGUUCAGGGUGCUGCUGCAGCUCGCCUCGCACCAGGACGAAGGCGCCGGAGGACGUCCAUCCGUCCCCGCCGCGCAGAGGCAAGACAUAUCAGCCGAGCAGCUGAUGAAGGCGCUUAUCAAGUCUCUCCAGGAUCAGAUGGGUAAAGAGGUGAAGCUCGGCCCCGCCGCGGCACCCAGGAACGACCGGCGCGCACACAGGCACCGCGUCAAAGAGACCGAAGGCGCCGAGGGCGCAUCAGACUACGGCAACUUUCCCAGAGCGCACAAGAAAUACCCGCUGAUGUUUGAGGACGAGGAGAACGCAGACGCUUCCAAACGGGCCACCGAGGACUUGGACGAGCAGUACACGCCUCAGAGCUUGGCCAAUCUGCGUUCCAUCUUUGAAGAACUGGGAAGGAUGCCCCCCGCAGGUCAAAAGAGAGAAACGUUCGGGGACGACGACGAGGCUGAGGAGAACCUGAGGAAUCAGGGCUACGAAGAUGUGGCUGGGGGAGAAGAGUGGGUCCCCGUGGAGGAGAGGGAGGAGACAGAGGAGUUGGUGAACGGCAGUCAUGAAGAGAUGGACCGGGCGCUGGGAGAUCAAGAGGAGGAUGAGAGGGAGGAGAUGCAGCGCAGAGCAAGCCAAAAUCAAGACGACGGUGAUGACGACACUAAACUGGUAGAUUACUACCUGCUGAAGGUGCUGGAGAUGAGCGACCAGACACAAAAGAGAGACGCCACUGGCGAGCAGAGAAAGAGACUUAUCCGUCCCUCCCUUGUGGAUCCGCGGACGGUGAGAGAGCUUCUGGAACUCUCCUUAAAGCUCCACAUCCCUCCGCAGGAUCUGAUCGACAUGCUGCUCACACAGGAGCUCAGGAAGCUCCACCGUGACCCCCAAGGUCAAACGCGCUACAUCACCGGACAAACACCCAAGAUCAGGUACUUCAGUCGGAGGCUACCUGUGAAGAGCAAGACCACCCCCGAUGACAUGGACAGAGAGGACUUUUUGGACAUCAUCGGCGUGGAGACCAUCAGUAACGAGUACCCUGUGAUGCAGAGACCCCUGAAGGCAGCAGCCUCCUCUGACAGAAUCCAAAUUCCAUCUGCCCCUUCUGCAAACUCAGGGCCAGGUUCAGUUAAAAUCCCCCCUCCCUCUGGACGAAGGGAGAACCUCUUUUUAUCAGAGCUCAAUAAGAUGCCACUGAAGCGACAGGCGGGAGGUGGCGAGGAUGACGACGUGGAAGAUGAGGUGACAACCUACCUGGCAGCCAAAAUCCUAACAGAGUACCCGGACACCAUCACCAAGCGAGACACCCAGGCACAGCUCAAAGGACAGUUCCCCUACGAGCUGUACGAGCGGGCCAUGAAGGACUACCUGGAGCAAGCGGACACUGAGAAAAGGCCAACGGUCAAGAGGGAAGCAGAAGAAGCCACAGAGAAGCCCACGGAGAUGCAGGAGGAGACGGCAGCCAAGACCUCAACCCCACAGGUGUCGAAUGAGAAGGAGCAGCAUCUUGGAAAGAUGGCAGCAGGGAUGUAGCUCUUUCCAUCUGCACGAAAUUAUGAAUAUAGUAUUUAUACCAUCUCAAAAAUAACAUUUGGUGGACGUGAUCUAGUUUAAAUGACAAAAAUCUCUUCUAUGAACUGUAGCUGGUAUUACUAAUAUCACCCUAACGAAAAACAACAGAAUCUCACAGGUCCAAUGCAUUUUUGGAUUAUCACAGCUGCUUUAGUGACACAACAGUCACUGAUCUGUUUACAAAAAGUCUACAAGGCACUAAAAACAGGUUAUUUUUCAAUUACGAUCAAUUAAACAAAAAAAGCUUAUUUUUCAUCUGUCAAACUGACAUAUGAAUAGACCUGUGAUUUAUACAGUUUAAAAACAACAGCAACAUUAACUUCUACUAAAACGUGACAUUCUACUAUACAGGAAUAUUGUAGAUUUUUCGUUACAGCAGUUUUCUGGGCUGAGAACGAGUGUUGUUGUGACUCAUGAUAUAUUCAGGGUUAGUGAAUGUAAUGUUUAUGGAUUUCCAAGUCUAAAUAUUAGACCGUCGCCUGCCUUCCGACCCUUUCAUACGGCAAAGCUCUGUAUUGUUGGCCUACAAUGUGUUGUGUUAUGUAUGCUCAUUUUUAAGUCAUUUUGCACAUGUUAAAUAAUGUGUGAAUAAUCACAGAUGAAUAAAGCAUCAGCUGGAUUAUUUUU